GAUGCAGCGGAGCUGUUGACGUUCUUUGUGCAAAGGCAUUUCCCUGAGAACAAGGAGCUUGCGGAGCUGGCGCAGAAGCCUGCGCCUGAAAAGCUCCUGAAGGGUCUGCUGGGUGCUCUGGAGAAGGAGCUGCAGCCCCGAUCAGGAUCAGGUGGCAAGGAGGAGAAAGUGUCCGAUCACGAGGAGGACGAUCGCGAGGAGCGAGAUCGUGGUGAUCGAGGUGAGGGAAGCGUUGAGAAGGAGCGGCGCUAUCGCGAGGAGAGGGACGGCCGCUAUAGGGAUGAUCGCGACCGGGAUGGUCGGGACCGGGGCCGAGACGGCGGCCGCGAGAUGCGCGACGGCCGCGACGGCCGCGACGGCCGCGACGGCCGUGACGGACGUGACGGCCGCGGCCGCGACGAUCGACGAGGAGACGAUCGCCGCUUUGACGAGCGCCGCGGCGAUAGAGACCGAGGUGGGCGCCCUGGUGACCAAAGGGGAGACCGACGGGGAGGUGGUGGCAGAGGCGAGCGACGGGGUGACGACCGGGGCGGCCGCGAUAGGCCCGCCGAUCAUGGUGGACACCGAGAUCACCGCCGCGACUAUGGCGAUGGGCGGGGCAAAGGUGAUGGCCGUGCCCGAGGUCGCAGCCGGAGCCGCGAUGCGCGACGCUGA